CGCCAGUUUAUGUCGGUGAGACAUUCUAUGAAGCCAGUGACAGUGAAAGACGAAUCACUUCCCUAUCUGAGAGCGAACUCGACCGCAUUUUGUCUCCGCGCUCUCGGCAAUGGACCACCCUGAUGCUGCUCGAAAGUAUCACGUCACUGCAGAUGACGCUCGAGCAUAUGUGGAAGGCGUUCUGUGUGCGAACGGCGUGUCAGCGGAAGAUGCAGUGAUUGUCGCGCGAUGUCUCGUGGCAGCGGAUCUUCGAGGCAUAGACACACAUGGCAUCAACCGAAUCCCAUCAUACGUCGCGCGUAUACGACAAGGCGUGUUGGACCCAAAAGCGAAGCCGAGCCUGCACGAAGUGACGCCUGUCGUUGCACAAGUGGACGCCCAUAAUGCAUUUGGCUUUGUUGCUGCACAUAUUGGAAUGGCCAAAGCUAUAGAAAUGGCCAAAAUCUAUGGUAUUGGCAUGGUGAGUGUAAAGCACAGCAAUCACUUCGGUAUGUCUGCAUGGCUUGUUCAACAAGCUCUCGACGCAGAUAUGAUGAGCCUAGUAUUCACAAACAGUUCGCCUGCCUUGCCGGCGUGGGGAGGAAAGACUAAACUUAUGGGAGUAAGUCCCAUUGCUUGCGGAGCACCUGCUGGGAGCGGAAAACCAUUCAUCUUGGAUAUGGCUCCCUCGGUUGCGGCGCGAGGAAAAAUAUACAAAGCACAGCGACGGGGUGAGAAAAUACCAAAGGACUGGGCUCUAGACAAGGAUGGUCGCCAAACUGAAGACCCUGCUGCGGCACUGGAGGGGACCAUGCUGCCCAUGGGAGGCCCGAAAGGUUCUGCGCUUGCGAUUAUGAUGGACGUCUUCUCUGGAGUUUUGUCUGGCAGCGCAUUUGCCGGUGGAGUCACUAACCCGUACGACCCCAGCAGCGCUGCAGAUGUUGGACAUUUCUUACUUGCCGUCAAACCGGACCUUUUCAUCAGCUUGGAAGACUUUCGUCAACGCAUGGGCUAUCUCUAUCAACGAGUCGUCGAGUCCGAUAAGAUGGAGGGCGUAGAACGGAUCUAUUUUCCCGGUGAGAUCGAACAGCUCGCUGAAGAGAAGCGGAUCAAGAGUGGGAUACCCUUGGUGAAAGCUGAAAUUGAUGCUUUGAACAAGGAAGCAGACAUCGUGGGAUCAUCUCAGCUCAAGGUGAGAGAACAAUGUGGAGGUUAAUUCGGAACUGUUGAAUGUAAACGAACAACCAUCUAAAGAUGCAGUCCUUUGUGAAUCCCAUAUUCCACAAUUCCAC